AUGAUGACAGAAAGCAAACCGAAGCUGUACUGUGCCUGGUUCUGUCCAUUUGCACACAGAGCAUGGAUUUCAAUGUUAGCAAAAAAAAUUGAUUUUGAUUACGUAGAGCAGGAUCCUUACAACAAGUCUGCUGAGUGGCUAGCCAUAAACCCUCGUGGAUUAAUACCAUGCAUCGUUCACAAUGGCAAGUCAAUCUAUGAGAGCCAUAUUUGCAUUGAAUACGUUGACGAGGCCUGGCCUAACGCACCAAGGCUACUGUCCCGAGAACCUUAUCAGAAAGCUAAGGCACGAAUGUGGGGAGAUUUUAUCAUAAAGAAGCUUAUUCCACCAUAUUACAAAUUCCUUAUGAAGCAGUCUCGGGAAGAGCAAAAUGAAUACCGAGAAAUAUUUUUAGAAAACAUAUUGGAAUUUUCUCAGGCAAUGGAUCAGUCAGGCCCCUUUUUUCAAGGAAAGGAACUUGGAUAUGUUGACAUCAUGUUUGCCCCAUGGGCUUCAAGGAUGUACAUUCUGGAACAUUACCGUGGCUUUAAAAUUCCACAGACUGAAGAAUACAGCAGAUAUAAUGUAUGGGCAGAAGCAGUAAUAAAUCACCCUUCAGUAAAAGCAGUUCAGGCAAAUAAAGAUAAGGUUUUGGCAAAUGCUAGGCCUUAUGCUGAGGGUAAUGCCAAAUCUGAGCUUGCAGAUGCUGUUCGCAAAGGGUCAACAAUUCCUUAG